CAGCAGCAGCACAGCCAGCAGCAACAGCAGCAGCAGCAGCAGCAGCAGCACCAGCAGCAGCAGCAGCAGCAGCAGCAACAGCAACAGCAGCAGCAACAGCAGCAGCAGCCACAGCAGCAGCAGCAGCAACAGCAGCAGCAGCAGCAGCAACAGCAACGCAGCAAGCAGCAGCAGCAGCAGCAACAGCAACAGCAACAGCAGCAGCAGCAGCAGCAAGCAGCAGCGCAGCAGCAGCAACAGCAACAGCACAGCAAAACCAGCAGCCAGCAGCUACAGCAGCAGCAGCAGCAGCAGCAGCCACAGCGCAGCAGCAAGCAGCAACAGCAGCAGCAGCAACAGCAACAGCAGCAACAGCAGCAGCAGCAGCCAGCAGCCAACGCAACAGCAGCACAGCAGCAGCAGCAGCAGCAGCAGCAGCAACAGCACAGCAAGCAGCAGCAGCAGCAGACAGCACAACAGCAGCAGCAGCAGCAG